GUCCUACCUUUCCAUCUUCGAGGCGGUAGACCAUUUUCUCAGACCCUUCAAAAUAAGGUCAUGGAUCGGUGGCGAUCCGCUUGGCCCCGACAUCCCACCUUUCAUUCGAGUCUCGUUAGCCUGUAGCCCAGACCUCGCCUUAGCGUGAUGGAACCGAUGAAGAAGCGAAACAGCCCUCCCGCCGCCGAGUUGUCGUCUCUCGACGCCGCUUCAUUAGAUCUAGAGUCGCCGGUCGGGCCGCACGCCAUGCCUCCUCCGGACCCUCCUCUCGACUCGAGACGACGAUCGCAAUCCAACCCAGAGUCGGAAUCGGGUCCCCAAGCGCCCUCGCCAUGCGCGACUCGAGAGGCUCCGGAGGAGGGUUGUGCAUUCCAGAGGUUUAUAGUGUGGGCAGCCGUCAAGCGAAACAAGUCCGUUCGGAUGGUUGCGAGCGAACGCCUGAAAUGCCCUCUCGUUCUGUGUGGGGAGCGGUUCGACGACCAUGAAACGAUGCUGAGCCAUCUGACUAAGUGCCAACAUCUCAGGACGGGUGAAUAUGUAUGCUAUGACUGCAUGAAAAUCGAACGGUUCAACGAUAGCAAGUGUAGGUGCUGCCUAGGACAUCCCACUAAGCGACGACGGAUUAUCAACAUGGCGAAAACCCUGUUCUCGAAUAUUGGAAGCAGGUCGCGAGGAAACGAGCUUCGCCUGGACAUUCGGGGAGAGUUCACUAUGCCUCCGCCUAGUUACGAAUCUCUCAUGGCGGGUGUGGGAGGGCUUGAGCGACAACGAUGUGGGGAACAGCAACGGCAGCACCAGCAGGAAGAGCAGCAGCCGCAGCCACAGAUCCAACCACAGCUAGAACUAAAUGGCAGGGAGAUACACGAGCUGGACUCGAGACAAAUGGCCGAACUGGGUUCGAUCAACUACGACACGCAGUCUAUAGGCAUGCCCAUGGCUUUAGACCAGUGUGAUACUACCUCCGAAACUACUGCGCGCCCGCAUACGAAUCUCUGCUCGAAUCCUGGAGAGGACGACGUUCCGAAUCUUGACGAGGGCACUUCCCUUCCGUCGGCUACACCGAUGUAUUCAAGCCCGGGCGCUCGUCGUCCAUCGUUGGCCGUCAAUACCCGUAUGGACCACUACAGGAAUGUUUCCCGCACGAAAUACCUUUCGCCCAGUUCUUCUCUUCGAUCGACGACCUCUCAGAACGUAUCGCCGGUGACUCCGUGGAGCGCGAAUUCAGGGGUCUCUGGAGCUUAUACUCUAAGCUCUACGAUCGACACAGAAAUAACAUCGCCGAUAACGCCCGUCAGCCCUUAUGAGCUCCCGCCGCUACCACAGCACGAAGACAUCCUUGCCAUAGCGAAAUCUACGACCUCGUGCCCAAACAACAAUUAUAAUUACACAACAGACAGUAUUCCCGAAUUGCCAGGUGAUGACCCGCGAUCCAUACCACGAGGGCUAGCCGACCUACUAUUCUUCUCCCUCGAUCCUAAGGAUAACUAUUCGUGGAUGGAAUCCGUCAGCACAGAGCUGUCGCUGGCCACCUCCGUCAAUAUGAUGUUCGCAGGGUCCGAGCCCAAGUCUACCACUAUACAGCCUGGGUUCCUCGAGCCGCUAGUUCCCGGAUCUGGGGCAAGGACAUUGGUAGAGUCGGCUUGGGACGCCCUGCAGGAACAUGUCACGUCUUCGGUGGGAAAGUUAGACCAUAUCAAGGGAAAUCCACUAGCCGAGCGAAUCCGGACACAAUCCUCGAAAGCUAUAGCAUUCAGCGGUCUCUCGAGCCUCAAAGGCAUGCUUCAGGACAAUAUCCCAACAGACCCCUUCGAUUUGUUAUGUUUUGUUCAUCUGAUCUAUGCCUUUUCUCUUGUGGUUCACGAAGACGAGCCUUUGGCUCGUUGUAACCUACUAUACCAACAAGCUCUCGGUUACCGGCGCUUCCUCGAUCCCGUUCACAUUACAGAUUACACCGAUAUCGUCAAGGUCAUAUGGCAGCCAACGCCAGAUGGACGACAUCAACCCCAAGCGGGAUCUUCACAACAUGCUGAUCUUCAUUAUAAAGGUAAGGAGCGCGAGGGCCAGCCAGACUCGGGAAUACGCGCAGGAUCCGACCCCCUUGUCAUAGCAGGGCAGGAUUUUCUAGACGAUCUCGAACAUGUCGUCAUAACGAGCGAUUCGCAGAAGCCUGAAGAAGUCCUCACAUCUGAGCUUUGGUCUACUCACAUUGUGGAAUUCCAACCGGGAGUUCUACACAACGACCCAUUUUCAAUAGCAGUCGAUUAUAUUAUCGGAGAUUUAGUUUCGACGUUCCACGAUUCUGAAAUCCUCCUCUCCAAACUCAGAGAGGUUGGGCAAAAAGUUCGGGACGGGUACAUAACGACAGUUCGCAAGUUCGAGCUCUCAAUACUGCAGACUGGCAAGCACUGCUUGACCUCUUCUGACCUCUUCGACGACUUUAUCCCACGAGUUAGAAGACUCUGCAACCCCAUAUACUCGGAACAAGGGACACACUCAAGGAUACGGUACCAACUUUUGGGCGUUUCUUUGGUAGAGGCUCUGAUUCAAGCUAUCCCAUCUAGCCCACAAGAAUCAGCUUCGUUUCCGUACAACGAGUUUCUAGAAACCCUACACGAUACUUUCGACAAUAACCCCGAUUUUCUUGAAACCUUAGACGCUGUCGCUCCCCCACAGAACCAGGCGGAACUAGAGGCUGCUCAGAGUUUCGGCACGACAGGAAUACCUUUCCCACACAUAGGCUCUAGCGCACCAGCAUCGACUACUGCCUCCAGAUCUUUGACCACGACUGCUUCCCAUGUUGGGACGCCCAACGAGUCAUUCUCCGCCUCUCCCGAUCUCUCCCGACCAAUCGCCCUCGCUACCUCGCCGAAACCUCCAACUCCGGCUCACGCUGAAGCUAGCGAGAAACAAUUCUCCUCUAGCCAGAAAGUGGAAGCAAACGAUGCUUGCGAGUUCUGCGGGUAUCGUCCGAAAGGCGAUCCACAAUGGUUUAAGGGCAGCAUGGCCAAACACAAGAAGAUGCAGCAUUCAGCAGGGCCGCCGGUGAUCUACAAGUGUCCCUAUCCCGGUUGCAACAGCCAGUAUAAGAACCGCCAGGAUAAUCUACGCCAACAUCAGAUUGAAAAGAAUCACUUCGUCGGGGAUGAAGCGACCCGGAGACCCAGCAAGAGGAAGAAAGUCUCGGUCAAUUAAAAAUGACAAUAGACCGCGGAUUAAAGCAGAGAAAUCGAGCAUAUAGUACACGCGAGGACAUUUGCAUUAGUUGGGCGUUAGGUAAGUGUAUAUCCAUGGGUGGCCUCCUCCUUCAUUGCCCGCCAGGUGCCUUCAUUGGAUACAUUCCACCGUACGGGAGUUCUGUAUGGGGUCUCUGGAGAUACCACUCUGUUUGUUAUAGACAUAGAAACCAAGCUUGAAGGCUCCCUUACACCAACGGACU